AUGGACGGGGACGAUCUCAUCGCCUCGGUCUACCGCAAGAUCGAGCGGGAAAAGGCCCUCAUCACCGCCGCCUCGAAUAUGCGACAGUCGACCGAUAAUCCCCUAGUGCAACAGCGAGUCGAUGCGAAUAUCCGUGAUGGCCGGAAGAACAUCGCCUACUUGGAGGAGAAGAUGCGGGAGCUGCAGCUCCGUCGCAUGGAGCACGAGGGUGGUGGUUCCCCCACCGAUAAGCGUCUCCCGCCUAAUCCUGAGGCUGGUCCCGUCCCUCCUCAGAAGGAUUAUGCUCCGGGUUAUGGGGGUAACGAGGAAUACGGUGAUGCUUCCGGAGCCUACCCGCACGGUGGUGCUGGUUCUAUGCCGUCAGGGGCCCCAUAUGCAGACCCGCGACCCUUCGCUCCCGUGCCCAAGGCCCGGCCCAAUUACACAAAGCUUGACCUGAUCAAAUAUGACACUCAAUAUCUCGGACCCAAGAUCCAGCUCAUGCUGUCGCAGCUCGAAUUCAAAUUGAGUGUGGAGAAGCAGUAUAAGGCGGGUAUUGAGAAGAUGGUUCGCUUAUAUCAGGAUGAGGGUGAUCGGAAGAGCCGUGCGGACGCCGAAGGCCGGCGGAUUGAGAGUAACCAGAAGAUUCAGUUGCUGAAGCAGGCCCUUAAGCGAUAUGAAGAUCUCCAUGUCGACAUUGAAUCGACGGAUACUCCCGAUGAUGAGAGUUUAAGCACUCCCAAUUUGCGCAAGCCACUGACUGGUCUGCUAACCCUCCGCAUCCACGCCGUGAAGGACGUCGACCAUGCCGCCAGCUCGAGGUUCUCCAGAGGUCCCGAGACGUUCAUUGUGCUGAAAGUGGAGGAUACCAUUAAGGCUCGGACAAAAGCGACACGCAUCGACAGGUGGCAGGACGAAACGUUCAACAUCGACAUCGACAAGGCGAACGAGAUUGAGCUCACAGUCUACGAUAAGUCUGGUGACCGACCUACGCCGAUUGGUAUGCUUUGGGUGCGCAUUUCCGACAUCGCUGAAGAGAUGCGUCGUAAGAAGAUCGAGUCGGAGUUCAAUGCAUCGGGUUGGGUGUCUGCGGAUAAGAUGGAGCAUGGAGGUGCGCCGGGACGACCGGACACCGCUGGGGGACCAGGCUCUGCUCACCCAUCAGGGCCCGGAGGCCCUGGUGCGGCGCCGAGUCAAGGCUACGGAGAUGGAAGCACCGGAGCGCCUGGCGGGAACCAGGUCAUGAUCGAUUCAUGGUUCGCGCUGGAGCCAGUUGGUCGUAUCUACCUGUCAAUGAGUUUCGCCAAGCAAUUGAAGGACCGCCGGCCAUUCGAUAUCGGUCUCAACCGUCAGGGUGCAGUUCGUCAGAAGAAGGAGGAGGUUCACGAGAAGCAGGGCCACAAGUUCGUCACCCAGCAGUUCUACAACAUCAUGCGUUGCGCCCUCUGCGGCGACUUCCUCAAGUACGCUGCCGGUAUGCAGUGCGCCGACUGCAAAUACACUUGCCACAAGAAAUGCUACCCGAAGGUUGUCACCAAGUGUAUCAGCAAAGCCAACUACGAGACCGAUCCCGACGAAGAAAAGAUCAACCACCGCAUUCCCCAUCGCUUCGAAGGUUUCUCCAACAUCUCCGCCAACUGGUGCUGUCACUGUGGUUAUCUGCUUCCCUUUGGGCGGAAGAACGCCAAGCGGUGUACAGAGUGUGGUCUUACUUGUCACUCGCAUUGUACACAUCUGGUGCCUGAUUUCUGUGGUAUGUCUAUGGAGGCAGCCAACCAAAUCCUGGAGACCCUGAUCCGCACCAAGAACCAUAACAAGACCGCCUCUGUGAGUUCCGGUCUUAGUGGCCGCACCCUGCGGCCCAGCGGCACGCCCCAGGGCCCUCAGGACAGCGCGGCUAUGGCCUACCCGCAGAAGCCUGUCGAGAGCCCAUACGGAGCACCUCAGCGGCAGCCUUCCGCUGAGGCUGUGAGCGCAGCGACCAACUCGUACAUGCCUCCUCAGUCCCCGACAGCCGCUGCGAGGCAGCAGAUGCCCCCGAGAACGUCGUCGAGUGCGGCUGUGGCUGCUGCUACUGUCGCGACGGGAAUGCCCUCUCCCCAGCAAAUGCCAGUGGAGCAGAAUCGCCCGAUGCAGCCGCAGCUGCCUACAUAUGACCCCAAGGCGUACGAACCGUACGCCAAUGCCCCACAAGGCAUGCCGCCUCAAGCGGUGCAGCAUGCAGCUCCUGCCGCGUAUGGCAUGCCUGCACAGCAGCCGGCUAUGCAGAUGGUUCCACAGCAGCCUCCUGAGGCUCCUCAGCAGCCCAAGGUCCGGAUUGGAUUGGACCACUUCAAUUUCCUGGCGGUCCUGGGUAAGGGUAACUUCGGAAAGGUCAUGCUAGCAGAGACGAAGAGCACCAAGAGGCUGUACGCCAUCAAGGUGUUGAAGAAGGAGUUCAUCAUCGAGAAUGACGAAGUGGAAAGCACGAAGUCCGAGAAGCGAGUCUUCAUGAUCGCGAACAAGGAGCGUCACCCCUUCUUGCUGAACCUGCAUGCCUGUUUCCAGACGGAGACUCGUGUUUACUUCGUCAUGGAAUACAUUAGCGGUGGUGAUCUGAUGUUGCACAUUCAGCGCGGCCAGUUUGGUCUCAAGCGAGCACAGUUCUACGCUGCGGAGGUCCUGCUGGCACUCAAGUAUUUCCACGAGAACGGUGUCAUUUACCGUGAUUUGAAGCUCGAUAAUAUCAUGUUGACCCUGGACGGUCACAUCAAGGUUGCUGAUUACGGUCUUUGCAAGGAGAACAUGUGGUAUGGUGCAACCACAAGCACGUUCUGUGGUACUCCGGAAUUCAUGGCGCCCGAGGUGAGUGCAAUGCUUGUGAUCCGUGUCUAG